GCCAGACUGAGCUGCUGCUCCCCAGCAGAGUGUGUGCAAAGAGAGUCCUUCCCUAGCGCCCCUCUGUGCCCAGCCGUGGGGACUUUCUCCGGGGGCUGGAACAAGCCCCUGGCUCUGCCGACACCAGCCUGAGCCGCAAACUCCAGGAUUUCCCAUCACCAAGCCUGAUGUGAUCUCCUGGAUGGAGCAGAGGAAAAAGCUGUGGACCCCAGAUCUGCAGGAGUCUGAGGAACCGGAACUCCUGAGUGAUGUCUGCACAGCAGGUGAUGGUACGGGGAGUGAGAGCGAGGAGGAGACCCCUCAGCAGGAAGGUCCCGAGCCAGUGGAACCACAUGGCGUGGUAUCGGGAAGAGCCGAAGGGGACGUUUCCCAGAGUCCUGAGCAGGGAAAUCCUCGAGGGACAGGGAAGAGUAGAUCAUCCCACCCGGGCAGAGGUAUCAAUCAGCUCAAAGAUAUUGGGGAGCGGCCCUACCGGUGUGAGGACUGCGGGAAAAGCUUCAGCAGCAGCUCAGCCCUCAUCAUCCACCGGCGGAUUCACACCGGGGAGAGACCCUACAAGUGCCCUGAGUGUGGGAACAGCUUCAACCAGAACUCGGCGCUGAUCGCACACCGGCGCAUCCACACUGGCGAGAAGCCAUAUGAGUGUCCCGACUGCAGGAAGCGCUUCAGCCACGGCUCCACCCUCAUCAAGCACCAACGCACCCACACGGGUGAGAAGCCCUACCGGUGCGAGGAGUGUGGGAAGUGCUUCAGCAUCCGCUCGACCCACGUGCGGCACCAGAAGACCCACACGGGCGAGCGGCCCUACGUCUGCGGGGAGUGCGGCAAGAGCUUCAGCGACAGCUCCUACUUCGUGCAGCACCAGCGGGUCCACAUGGGCGACAUGCCUUACGCCUGCCGGGACUGCGGGAAGAACUUCAUCUGGAGCUCAGCCUUGCUGCGGCACCGGCGCAUCCACACCGGCGAGAAGCCCUACAUCUGUGGUGACUGUGGGAAGAGCUUCAGCGAGAACUCCACCCUGCUGCGGCACCGGCGCAUCCACACCGGCGAGAAGCACUACAAGUGCACCCAGUGCGGGAAGAGCUUCAAUGACAGCUCCUCCCUCAUGCGGCACCAGCGUGUCCACACUGGGGAGCGCCCCUACCAGUGCCCCCAGUGUAGCAAGAGCUUCGUGGACAGCUCCACCCUCAUCUGCCACCAGCGCACUCACACCGGCGAGCGCCCCUACACCUGCCCCGACUGCGGCAAGAGCUUCACCGAGAGCUCCACCCUCAUCACCCACCACCGCGUGCACACGGGCGAGCGACCCUACACCUGUCCCGACUGCGGCAAGAGCUUCAGCCAGAGCUCCAACCUCGUCACCCACCAGCGCAUCCACACUGGCGAGCGCCCCUAUGCCUGUGCCCAGUGCGGAAAGAGCUUCUACCGCAGCUCGGACCUCAUCCGACACCACAGGACCCAUACGGGGGAGAAGCACUAUAAAUCCGGGGCUGAGCUUCCCGGGUCAGACGCUGCUGCCGCCUCCAUUGGUGUGAAAUGGACUAAUUGUCCUUCUCACCCUGAUAGGCUGCAGAGUAACAUUCAAGUCCAGAUUGUCCCAUCCCCCAGAGGGAAGGGAAGGGAAAUGUCUGCAGUGGAACCAGUGACCUUUGAGGAAGUGGCUGUGUAUUUCACGGAGGAAGAGUGGGCUCUGCUGGACCUGAGUCAGAGAGCAUUUUACUGGGGCGUCAUGCAGGAGAAUUAUGAAACUGUUACCUCGCUGGCAGGAUUUCCAAUUUCCAAAUCUGACAUGAUCUCCCGGCUGGAAUGUGAGGAGAAGCCAUGGGUCCCUGAUCUCCAACGUUACGAGGAAAAAGAAAUCCUGAGAAAUAUUCACACAGCAGGUAAUGGGACGGUGAGUGGGAACAACGAAGAAAAUCUUCAUCAGGAAGGUCCUGAUCAAGUGGAACCAUACACGAUGGUAUCGGGAAGAGCCGAAGGGCAUGUUUCCCAGAGUCCUGAGCAGGGAGAAGUCCGUGAGAGGAAGCGGAGGCCAGAGAGGCCGCAGAGAAACCAGCCAGGGGGUAGAUGGGGUAAAUCCACUCAGAGGAGCAGAAGGGUAGAGGAAAUCAGAGAUAUUGUUCAACCGAGAAUCCCUGCUGGAGAGGGACCCUUCACCUGCGGUGAGUGUGGGAAGAGCUUCCGUUGGAGAUCCGUUCUUAUUAUUCACCAGAAAAUCCACAUGGGAGAGAACCCCUAUAAGUGCCUGGACUGUGAGAAAAGCUUCAGCAAGAGCUCAGACCUCAAUCUUCACCAGAGAAUUCACUUGGGGCAGAAAUCCUACAUAUGCACUGACUGUGGGAAAAGUUUCCCUCAGUACCACCUCCUUACUUCCCAUCAGAGAACCCACACGGGAGAGAGACCCUACAAAUGCCCCGAGUGUGGGAAGAGCUUCAGUCAGAGUUCACACCUUGUCAUUCACCAGAGAACCCACACUGGGGAGAGACCCUACAAAUGCCUGACCUGCGAGAGAUGUUUCGGUGAUAGGUCGCAAUUUAAGACCCACCAGAGGAUCCACACGGGAGAGAAGCCCUACAAAUGCCCACAGUGCGAGAAAAGCUUCAGUCGGAACUCGUACCUAGUUAUACACCAGAGAACCCACACAGGAGAGCGACCCUACAAAUGCCCCGACUGCGGGAAAAGCUUCAGUGACAAGUCACAUUUUAAUACACACCAGCGAAUCCACACAGGAGAGAUGCCCUACAAAUGUCCCGAGUGUGGGAAAAGCUUCAGGAGGCGCUCGUACCUGGUUACACACCACAGAACCCACACGGGGGAGAGACCUUACAUAUGCCUGACCUGUGCAAAAACCUUCAGUGAUCGAUCUCAUUUUAGAAAACACCAGAGAACCCACACGGGAGAGAGGCCCUACAAAUGCCCCGAGUGCGGGAAAGGCUUCUGUCUGCGUUCGGACCUUAUUAUACACCAGAGAACCCACACGGGAGAGCGGCCCUAUAAGUGCACCGAGUGUGGGAAAACCUUCACUCGGAGCACCUACCUUUUUUCACAUCAGAGAAUCCACACAGGGGAGAAACCACAGAAGUGUUCUAAUUAGGGAUGGGCCAAGUGAAUGACAUCUCUGCCGGUUCCCACAGUCUCAGCGAGUCAGGCCAGGCUGGAGUGGCCGUGUAAUGGGGAUAUGUAAUGGUUAUCAAAGCAGAGAAUGGAACCACCUUUCUGGGACAGAGUCAUGCAAAGCAGGAGGCUGAGAUAAGAUUUCCAUGUUGUGAUGGGAUUUGAUUAUUACAUCUCAGAAAGCUCUGAAUGUCCUGUGAUCAGCUCCUACAUCUAAAUCAAUUACCUGCAAUUGCCCAGUUCCCUGUGUAGUGUGGGAGCUCUCUUGGAUUCCUUGUUGACACUAAGCUCUCACAUAGCUGCCCCUGUGAGUAAUGCUUUCUCUUAUCUCUAGUUGACUAGGAGACUCUGUCCCAUCCUGACAGACAAGAAGCUGGCCUCAGUUGUUAUUCACACCUUUGUCAUCUGUUGGCUGGACUACAACAGUGCAAUAGAUCUGGGAAUGAAAGCGUCAGCACUUAGGAAAUUCCAGCUUGUACAGAACACUGCAGCACUUCUCUCGACAAAGGCUAUGCAUGGACAACUCAGGCCUGCCCUCAGUCUCUACUCUGGUUUCCCAUAGAAUAUUGAAUCAAGUUCAGGUCUUGAGUCUUAUCUUCAAGUUGCUUCCUGGCCUGCUAGGGGCAAACCGGUGCCUCAGAUGCUGUAGGCAUGGGGCUGUAUUUUCAUAGGAUUUGCAUGAGGAGCUGAGGAGCUCAGUGACCAUCUGUUCAUGUGACACAGGGACCACAAUGGGGUGCCCCAUGAAAAACAUGCUUCACACAGGCAUUUGCAAUUAACAUUUUAUUUACAGCCCCCGUCUCCCCCUCACUUUAUUUUAUUUUUGCAUCAGCAGUUUUGUUCCCAAAGCACCCUCUAACUUAGGUAUUUUACAAACAGUUCUUUUAUUUAUUUAUUUUUCACAACAGGGCUUUGUAAUUUGCUGAAGGAAGAAAAGGUUCAAGAUUCUGCAUUAAGCAUUUAUCUGAGGGUCUGAUUAUUUCAUCUAACACUUUAUCUGGGUCUCUAGCAUUGUCCCAUUGUUCACCCACUCCACUGCUUGAGCACAAUAUUCCUGGGUUAAACAGGCACAAAUAUCUUGGAGUUUUUGGUUCACAUCAUGUGCAGUCCAGCUCACACAGUCAUGGCUGCUCUGGCCUGGGGCAUCUAUGACACAAUCUCGGCAGUCCUCAGACUGCUUCUCUUUCAGACAAUAUAUGAUGAUUCCGCUUAUGGCAACUUGUACAAUCAAAAGCAUAACAGUUUGACCGGUUAUGGGUUAGCACAGCCUCCAUGCCAGAUUUCUUCCUCCGAGUUAGAUAGUAUGUGUCUAUAGAAUCAGCAUCCCCUUUUCUUUUGGUAUCCUAUGGACGUAGGGGUUCUGGGAGUGCUGCUACACCCCUUGGCUUGAAGUGGUUUCCAUUAUAUACAGGGUUUUCAGUUUGGUUCAAUGACUCUCAAUACCCUCACUAUAAAAAUUGUUCCUGCACCACUGCCUAUGGAGCAUCUGGUUUUGGGCGAGGGCAAAAGCACGCCAGGCCCAAACUGUUUGUUCCUUCAUGGCUUUCGGCGGACACAUUCUCCCAGGUCUCUAAAGAACCAUCACUCAGCUGCUGUGAGAUUUAAAAUAAGAAAUGCAGAUAAGGCAUCAUAUUAGUUUUUAUACUGUGCUUGAAAACCUUUCCUUUGUGUGUCAAGAGACCUCUUUAGAUCACAGCUUUUUUUUUUUUUUUUAAUUUGCCUUGGGAUGGUCUCACUCCAUCGACCUUUCAGCUGGAAGCUGAACACGCGAGUCCAUUGGCCAUGGCCGCUAGCAUGGCCAGGUCCUAUUACCAACCCUCUCCAACCCACCCCCCUCUGUUUGAAUUGGGGUAUCCUGAUUGGGAUCUGGAAUGUUAAACCAAAGCUGGGUCAACGGUCUGGCCUCAUGCUCCCCCUCUGCACUGUCUAGAUAACCUUCAUCAGCUGCUUUCCUCGUUGCCCUGCUUCCAUGACAUGCUUCCAGAGUGGCACGCACUGGUUGUGCCAAAGGUAUAUUGGUUCCUUCCGUUCCCACAGUUUCCUCUGUCUGGUGUCUCUUCAUGAGCUGUUUGAGUGUCAGUGCUGGUGAGGCUUAAUUCAAAGGACUGUGAGGAGCCUCCAUCUUUAACUCUCAGACUUUUUUGAAUGGCGUGUCCUCUUUUAUAUGAUGGUUGCACAGUACUUUCUUAGCCAAUAGUUUUAGGGACAAUGCUUUAAAAGGCCUGGUCUCCUCCCAGGUAAGGAGAAAUUUCUGAUCAGUGCAUAGUGGAAUGGAGACCAUUGUAAAAAGGGAAGGAGUGAGAGUGAAGACAUUUGAACACUUUGUUUUGUAUUUUAUAGUUUAUACUUGUUGGAAGGUUACAGUUCAUUAAAUAACAAAGGCAUACGCACCCGUUCCACUGAAAAGAGCCCUAUGUGCUUGUAUUGGGGGGGAGGGUUUAUGGAAAGUGGUGUACCCUGAACCAGCUGGCUUCCCUUUGCUUCAAAUCUCCUCUUCAAUUACACCCUCUUCUACUUCAAUUAUGCCUUUUAAUCCCCACUUAGUUUCUCUGCAUUACAGUUGUACUCACCAUAAAACAGUUUUCUGUAAUUUCUCACUUCUAUCGUCUACUGUCUUGUAUUAUUUGACAUUGUAAAAUAUCUAGGGGCUUGUACACACUACCCCUUCUGUCAGUGUAACUUGUGUCACUCAGGUGUGUGAAUAAGCCACCCCUCUGAGUGACAUAAGUUACACCAACCUAAGUGUCGGUGUCUACUACCUCUUGUGGAGGUGGUUUUAUUAUGCCAAUGGAAGAACUCUCGCCCAUCGACAUAAGUGCGUCUUUACCGGAUGCAUUACAGCAGCGCAGCUAUAUCAGUGCAGCUGUGCCGCUGCAGCACUUCUAGUGUAGACUAGCCUGAGGUGACACAUUGUGUAAAAGUAAAAUGUAAAGUGUUAUAUAAGAACAGAGAAAACUUGACUCUUUAGGACUUCUUCAAUGUGAUGAUAAAAAAGGAAUUGUUGCUCUGCACAAAUACCAUCACAAAGUAUCACCAAGUAUGUAAUCCUCCCAAUGAUUUUGUUACUGUUGUUUUAUUUAUUUAUUGUUACUAUUUCUGAUAGGCCAGGACAAAGUGAUUAGAAAGAUUGGCAAAAUAGGGGGAAUAAAGCUUCAUGAAGCUGGGGAGAGCUUCUGUGUGACAAAUGCCUGUGCUAAAGCCUGACAAUUAACGAAGAAUGCAUACAGUAGUUUCACUAAAAAGUAUUUCAAACAAAUGUCAAAUUUCCCCUAAAAUCGAAGCCAGCUCUCUUAUCCCUAUACCCUGUUUUUUCAUGUUAAACUUUUAGAAGUUAGGAUAGUUUGUAUUUUAAAACUUUAUUUGAUGUGAUUAAAAAUCGUGUGGUUAGCAGAAGAUGGUAGUUGUAGAUAAAAGAAAGGUCAGGUAAAGAAGCGGGGGAGGGAUGUUUCUUUAGAUGACAGUGCCAAACUGGAGAUUAUCUCUGUCCCUGUCUUUUAAAAUUUUGUUUUAAUUGUAAAAUCCCCCUGUAAAUGUGGGGGUGGGGUGGGUUGUUUUUUUAAUACAGUAUCCCAGAAUUUAAAACUUUCUUCACAAUUUCCAAAAUGAUGAGCCUACUAAAAGUCCUAUGUCUUGUAUUUGUAAAGAGAUUUAGAGAAGUUUUUGUCUGAUUGGUGUUUCUUCAUACUGGGCAAUUCAUUUAGGCAAAAUUUUAAAAACAAAUGCUAUUUUUUUUCCAAGUUGGGAUAGUCUCUCUUUUAAACAUUGUAUUGGCAUUUUCAUUUAAUCAGACGCUUCCUCUUUCGGUAGGACAAAAUCAUAAUGUUGGAUGAGAGAGGAUUGGGGUGGUGCUAGUAGUUACAGUAUUAAAGCCUCUAUACAAUGUAAAGUUUUAUAUCUGCAUAGGGCAAUUAAUUCUGUGAGGCCACUUCAGUAUGGUGAUAAAUAAAAUGGGGUGGGGGAGUAAUUGUUUUGCAGAUAGCUCUAUAAAAUAUUGGUACAAAUGUAAAGAUGUUGAUAUAUUUUCAUUAUAUCACAGGGCUUUUUUUAUUAGUCCAAAGGAUCUGAUGGCGUUUUGCAGCAGUGCCACAGCACAAUUCUCUCAAUGUCUUUGCUCCCCAUCUUACUUUUAGGUGUUUAGUCACUGCUAUUCUGUGAGGCUCCAAUGUGUGUCUCGUGGCACUAACAAAAGUUGUUGUUGCUUUGGAGGUACUUCUCUAAAAUAUCACUAGACAUAUAAAGACCAGAAGAUUUGGAUUAUGGUACAGUGUUCUUCAUCUAAGUCAGUUAUGACCAGUCUUGCGCCUGUAUGUAUACCCAUUCCUCCUGAUGCCUUUGGAAGUAUUUAUAUAUUUAGUAUUUCUGCCCUUCGUGAAAAAGUGACUAGAAAAAUAACAGUGGGAAUGCAAUGCCUGAUGAGGUUGGGGAGAGCUUAUGUAUGAUAUGCUUUAACAUGGGUAAAUGCAUGACAACUAACAAAGAAUGGAUACAAAAUUUUCAUUGAAUAAAAAUUUCAAACAAUCAUGAAAAUGUCUCCUAAAAUCCUGGGCAACUCUUAUCCUCAUGCCCUGUUUUUUCAUGUUACCUUCAAAAGUUUGGGUAAGUGUGUGAAUGUGGAUGUUUGCAUCUGUUUCAUUUUUUUUUUUUUAUAUUUUGCUAAAUGUGCAAAGUAAGUUAAUGCAAAAUAAGUACUGCUAAAGCAUUUAAAAUACAUUGAAUCUUAAGGACAUUUUAUUUGUAGCUACUGCCUCUCAAAGACUUAAAAUAGAGGUUUCCUUAAUGCUCCAUUGUUGUUUUUAUUUUAUUUAUUAAAUCCAAUAUGCUAAAUGUGGCAUAUCUAUAAAAUAGUAUGCUCUUUGGCUUGAAUAUAUGCUUGUUUCGGGAAGUAGGAGAUGAUAGCAGAGAAAUUCCUCAGACUUCAUUUUGAAUAAGCAAGAGUCACUCCACUAUUGGAAGCUGCAGGUCACAUGAUAUUUAUAGAGUAUAUGCAACCAAAAGUAGGGGAAAGGUCAGCAGAUCAUAACUCUGAGGUAAACGACAGCACUGAGCAUUUGUGGAAUGUUGGUAUUGAGCAUGUGCAGUAAAGCUCACAAAAAACACCUGGCCAUUCAAACAAACGUGAGUGUAGUAUACUGGGGGAAAAAAGGCAUCUAGAAUGUUUUGACAGGACAGUGUAAAAGUCGAUGUGUCAGUGGGUAGCAGACAGUGCAGAUAGAGCUGAGGAGAGAAGAGUGGACAAGAGGAGUCCUGAAGAAGGCAGCAGUAGCAAGCAGCGACACCAGAAGGAGUCCUGUGUCAGCAGACAGAUGUGGGAGGACAUCUGGAGCUCCGAGAACAUAUCAUCCCGAGUCCGCUGUUUUCGCCUUCUAAUCUUCACUAGCCUCUGCGAAGGAGAAACAUUUGCUGCUGGUGGAGGACAAGGGAGAGGUGGUUAAAAAAGACACAUUUUAGAGAACAAUGGGUACGCUCUUUCACAUUAAAUGUUGCUGUUCACAUUA